AUGGCGGAACCAAGGUCCCUAAAAAGCGUAUUCCAGGCUGCGGAGCAGAAGCGCGCCGCGCUGCAAAAUGCCUACGAGGCAAACUCUCCCAGCUAUCGAGAGGACUUGGAUUUCUCCCUCAAGUCCUACCAAGAAUGCCUUCAAAUAAUCCACAGCGUCGCCCUGUUUAGCGACAAUGAGGGCCUGGAGGACAUCAAUACAUCAGACCUCCCUUACCUUUUGGUGAACUAUCGUAUCGCCGAGCUGCUUCAGAAAGUCUCCGUGACUUCACCAGUUGAGCGGAAAGAGGCACUUGCUACCACUCGUGACGCUUAUGAGAAGUUUCUCUUUAUCUUGGAUGUCUACUCCAUCUUGAGCCCUUCUGAUGCAAAGCUGUUUGAGUCGUACGUCGAGGAUCCAGAGGCCUUCUCCGUCAUUGCCACCAAAGACCCCGGAGCCCGACGAAACGCCAAGAUCGCCAACUUUAAGCAGGAGCAAGAGUUGAAGCGGAAGCUGGAGUAUAUGCGCCAGAGGCCGAGGUAUCUGGAAGACGGCGGGGACGAGGAGGCAGUACGGGAGCUCUACCUAGCCGAACUUGCCUUUUGCGCGCAUCAGGCCUUCCAAGGUCUCGAGCACCUAAACCUCGAGAUGGAGAUGCUGCAGCUCGCUCCAGUAAACCUCAUGCCAAACACAACCACAGUACAAGAGGAUGAGCGCCGCCGCCUUUCGCCGACACAGGAUGAAUAUUCCGAACGGCUCGACAGGCCGCUGAGGAGGUUACAAUCUGCCUUUGAGGGCCCUAUUCUCAGCAAGGAAGGCAAACCAUUACGCCCAUUCACACUGACUGCCAACCGACAAGAUAUAGCAAAGGGCGUGUUCCGACCUGGCCAUAACCUGCCCACCAUGAGCAUCGACGAGUAUCUGGAAGAAGAGAGGCGGCGUGGUGGAAUCAUUGAGGGAGGCGGAGAGGCCAGCGGCCGACCCAAGACGCCUGACGAGGAUAACUACGAGAAGGCAGAUGCAGAAACAAUGAAGGCCCGAGAGUGGGAUGAGUUUGUCGAGGCCAACCCAAAGGGUGCAGGAAAUUCAUUGAACCGGGGUUAG